CAUUAGGGACUUGGUAAUGUUGGCUACAGUACACAUUUUUGGUUAGCUGAAAUUUGCUGAUGUUGGUUGCACUGGUGACGCCAAUUUCUGUCGCCAUAACGUUUUGUCAUUUGAUAUUAACGAGUUUUUUGGAUAAUAAUUGAAGAUGAGCGACGCAGGAGAUAAAGACCGUUCCAGGGAUCGUUCUCGCCGGGAUCGCGAUCGAGACCGAGAACGGGGAAAUCGCUUUUCCGAUUCCGGUAGAGACCGUAGUCCGGAUCGAGGCAGAAGUGCCAAGUCUUCCAUAAAUAGAGUGUAUGUAUCAAAUAUUCCUUAUGAGUAUCGUUGGCAGGACAUGAAAGACUUAUUUCGAAAUCAAGUUGGUGAUGUACAAUUUGUUGAAUUGUUUGUCGACGAUAAUGAUAAGCCCAAAGGUUGUGGCAUUGUGGAAUUCUCUGAUUCGUCGUCGGUUAAAAAAUGUCUUGAGGUGAUGCAGCGGUAUGAAGUUAAGGGUCGGAAGCUGGUUAUUAAGGAGGAUAGCGGCAAUAUGCGUGACAAACAAGGCAAUGUUAUUGGAGGUAAAAGGUCUCGGGGUGAUGAUAGGUUCAGGGACGACAGAGAUGGGCGAAAUUCGGGUCCCGGUGUUGGUAAUAUGCCGCUGCGUCAAGACGAAAACAAAUGGGGCAAUACUUUUGGUUUGAGUCCUCAUUUUCUCGAAUCACUCCAUAUUGAUGCUCCUCUUAGUAACAGAGUAUUUGUCGCUAAUCUUGAAUAUAACGUAGACAAGAAAAAGUUGAAAGAAGUUUUCAGACUAGCGGGUAGAGUCAUUAGGGUUGAUUUGCCUGUGGAUAAAGAUGGGAGAAGCCGCGGCUUUGCGGUUAUCGAAUACGAUCACCCUGUCGAGGCUGUUCAGUCUAUUUCUAUGCUCCACAAUCAAAUAUUGUUUGAUCGGGUUAUGACUGUCCGUUUGGAUAGAGCCAAUGAAAAUGUUAAGCUGCCAGAUGGUUUAAAAGGUCUUGGUAUGGGACUGGGACAAAAUGGGGAACCCUUGAGAAAUGUUGCUUAUAAUCUACCAAACUCUUCAAACAAUACUCAACCAUCAGUGGGCAAUGGUAUCCUGGGUGCAGUUCCAAAUAAUGCAUUACAGGUUGCCAGCGCUCUAAGUGGUUUAAGCAAUGUUUCUGCUUUGGGGAAUUUAAACCCAUCUGUCCUUGGAGCCGCAAGCUUAGGAAAUUUGACUUCUUCUUUUCUUCAAAAUGGAUUGGGCAGUGCUACCGAUCUCUCGUCGUUAGUUGCGUCUAACUCGGCCUUGAUGGCUCAAACUCAACAGCAAUUGUCGGCCUUGGCAGGUGGCGGAGGUGGAGGUAACUCUAUGGGUAGUCAAAUGCAACCUCCAGUGUCAAAUGCCAACACAAAUAACCAGCAGUCUUUUGGGCGUGGAGCUAGCGAAGCAUUUGUCAAUCAACCCAUCACAUACCCGCAAAACUAUUCAAGUAAUAAUUCCAGAAACACUUACCAAAUGGACGUCAGGACAAAUUUUGGAAAUAACAACAGUAAUUUGAAACCCUCAGGAACGGACAACAAGACAUUUUCGCGAAAAGUUUUAAUAUCUAAUCUACCACCAAGUACUUCUUUCAAAUUGCUUCAAGAAAAAUUAAAUGAAUUUGGAGAAGUAUCAUAUUGGGAGGAAAAAGGUACUGGCAGUUACCUUGUAGUUUAUGCGUCUGAAUGGCAAGCUGAAAGAGCGAUUAAAAACUUGGACAAAGCUCGUAUCGACGGCAGGUACAUUGAUGCCAGAACAUACUACUAAGGAAGUAUUAAUUUAGAAUAAUUUUUGAUCAUAAUGUAAUGGAAAUAUCUUUUGUUUUCAAAUUUUUAAGAAGAGGAAGCUAAAAAUUAUACUAUGACACUUUGAAAAACGGUAUAAAUGUAUUUUGUUUUAAGAUUAUUGUGACUACAAUUUUGAUUGGCAAUUUUUAUUAAAAGGGUCCUUUAACCUAUUUUUUUUUUUAAUUUUUGUGCAACGAUCCUCUUAAAAGAUGCGUGCGCUGGUUCAAUUUUUUUUAUAGCAGCCAUACGAGGAGUUUGGCAAUAAAUUGUAAAAUAUAAUUUUUCAAAGAAUCUUCUGGAUUCCUCCAUUGGUUGUUUAUAAAUCAGUCAGUUUCAGUUUAAGAAACCAACAGGAGGAAUCCAGAACAUUUGUAAAUAGUAUUAUAAAAUAUAAUUAAACCUCAUUCAAUUAGUAAAGUUGGGUACAUACAUACCUACCACCUCUGGCUUGCAUUCAAUUAUUAAUUUAUAAUUUUUUAAAGCCAAUGCUAGUUUUUUAUUUUUGAGAAAAUUAUGUCCUGUCUCAGAUUGUGCAAGGAAUUCAAAAGGUAACUAUUCCAUUAGUAAAAUCUUUUUUAUUGUUAAAACUCAAAUAAGUUAGAUGACAACGUUUUCAAAUAACAAAUAACAUUACACUACACAUAAUUACCUUGUUUUUAUAUACAAUUUUAUAUUUUUAUCUAUUUCUGACAAGCCUGUUUUGAACGAGCAAUCCGAAAGAGGGUGCUAUCACAUCAUUUUUUUUUUUUUAAUAAAAUAGAUUUUGUAUUUUUAAACAUUGACAACUGAACACAAUUAAAACAAUGCAGCCAUAUACACUUUUAUAUCAAUUAUGCUAAAAACAUUUAGUGAAACGGACAUUCAACAUACCUAACACAAA